AUGACUUGGUGGCCUCACAAAUUCAAGGCCCUAUUCAACGACCGAUGGCUAGUCUUCGUCUGUGCCAUGUGGAUCCAGUCCGUCGCCGGAGUCGGUUAUCUUUUCGGCGGCUCUAUGUCGCCGGUGAUCAAGACUACCCUAGGUUACAACCAGAAACAGGUCGCUCUUCUCGGCGUUGCUAAAAACCUCGGUGAUGCCAUCGGGUUCGUCUCCGGUGCCUUAUCGGAGGCCUCACCUUCCUGGAUGGUUCUGCUCGUCGGUGCCGCUCAGAACCUUGUCGGCUACGGUGUUGUCUGGCUCGUCGUCACGGGUCUAUUGCCUACUUUGCCCCUCUGGAUGUUGUUUGUAGCUAUUUUCGUGGGAACAAAUGGUGAAACCUACUACAAUACAGCCUCUCUUGUGUCAUGCAUACAUAAUUUCCCAGAAAGCCGUGGCCCUGUUGUUGGAAUCCUGAAAGGAUUUUCUGGCUUGAGCGGAGCAAUCUUGACACAGGUUUAUCUGAUGUUAAGUCCCUCUCAUGAUUCUUCCGUUAUUCUCAUGGUUGCUGUUGGACCACCAGUUGUGGUUCUUGCUCUACUUUUCCUUGUUAGACCUGUGGAAAGAAGUUGCAGAACGAACCUGCGCUCUGAUGAUUUACGCUUCUUGGCUAUUUAUGGUUUCUGUGUUGUCCUUGCAGUAUAUUUAUUAGGAAUAUUGGUACUUCAGAGUCUUGUUGAUAUAACUCAAACAAUUAUCACAACCUCUGGAGCAAUCCUUGUCAUUCUUAUGGUUGUUCCAGUUCUUGUCCCUUUUGCAUCGGCUUUCAUCUCGGGUAAUGCCACCACCUUAAUGAAGCCCAAAGAAGGAACCUCUAAUGUGGAUGAUCAGAAUGAAGUUAAAACUUUGAUAGAGAGGAGUGACAUGCUGCCGGAAAAGAGAAGAGUGCCAUGUAUAGGAGAAGAUUUCACCUUGUUACAAGCUUUGGGACAAGCCGACUUCUGGCUUAUAUUUAUGUCUCUAGUUCUAGGUGUAGGUUCAGGAAUAACAGUUAUAGACAAUCUUGGUCAGAUUUGUUAUUCCCUCGGGUACAAAAACACCAAAGUAUUUGUCUCACUGAUCAGUAUCUCCAAUUUUCUCGGCCGUGUUGCUGGUGGCUACUUUUCAGAGCUAAUCAUAAGAAAACUCUCGCUUCCAAGAACAUUGGCAAUGUCUGCGGUUCAGGUAAUGAUGUCUCUAGGCCUGGUCUACUAUGCUAUAGACUGGCCCGGGAAGAUCUAUGUUGUGACCAUUGUGAUAGGAAUGGGUUAUGGCGCUCACUGGGCGAUCGCUCCUGCUUCAGUUUCUGACAUUUUUGGCCUAAGAAGCUUCGGCUCUCUCUACAAUUUCCAGAUUAUAGCUUUGCCUGUUGGAUCGUUUGUGUUCUCGGGUGUGAUCGCUAGUAACAUCUAUGACUACUAUGCCAGGAAGCAAACAGGAACCACCACAGAGACUGAGUCGCUCGUCUGCACGGGCUCAGUAUGCUAUUCAGUCACUUGCGGUCUCAUGUCUGUGGUGUGUCUAAUGGCGAUGGUGUUGAGUCUAAGUGUGGUUUAUAGGACGAGGAGGUUUUACUUGAGGCUUCACAAGACUUGA